UCCUGCGUGUCUGACCUUCAUACAGGAGGAACCAUGUUCGCCAGGAGCAGCGCGUUGGUGUUCGCCCCACAAUGUGGGCAGGUCAGGAACAUGGCUACCUUGAAGGACAUCACCAUUCGGCUGAAGUCCAUCAAGAACAUUCAGAAAAUCACCAAGUCCAUGAAGAUGGUGGCCGCCGCCAAGUACGCUCGUGCUGAGAAGCAGCUGAAGCCGGCCCGAGUGUAUGGCUCUGGCGCUCUGGCUCUGUACGAGAAGGCCGACAUCAAGGCGCCGGAGGACAAGGCCGCCAAGCAUCUGCUCAUCGGCGUGACCUCCGACCGUGGCCUCUGCGGCGCCGUCCACUCCGGCGUGGCCAAGGCCAUCAAGAGCGAUAUCGCCCUCAUGACCAAGGCCGGCAAGGAGGUGAUGGUGAUCAACGUGGGCGACAAGCUGAGGGGCAUCCUGCACAGAACCCACGGACAGCACAUCCUCAUGAACUUCAAGGAGAUCGGUCGCAAGCCCCCGACCUUCGGUGACGCCUCCAUCAUCGCCAGCGAGAUGAUCAACUGUGGAUACGAGUACGACCAGGGCUCCGUCAUCUACAACAGAUUCAGGUCUGUCAUCUCAUACAAGGCCGAACGUAAGCCUGUGUUCUCCAACGACACAAUCACUAACUCAGAGAACAUGAACAUCUACGACGACAUCGACGCCGACGUGCUGAGGAACUACCAGGAGUUUGCUCUGGUCAACAUCAUCUACUUGGCCUUGAAGGAGUCGUCCACCAGCGAGCAGAGCGCCAGGAUGACGGCCAUGGACAGCGCCAGCAAGAACGCCUCCGAGAUGAUUGACAAGCUGACCCUCACCUUCAACCGCACCCGACAGGCCGUCAUCACCAAGGAGCUCAUUGAGAUCAUCUCUGGAGCCGCCGCUCUAUAAACGGACGAGGUCAUUGUUUCCGUAGACUACAGCUCUUCAAAGUUACCUGGGACGCGUCGUCGAUGUCGUUGAGAGUCUAAUGAACAUUUGUGUUUCUAUUUGUAAAAUAUAUGGAGAAAAUAAACCUCUUACACAGAAACCCUCCCUCUCUCCUCAAGUCCCUGUAUCUUUCUCUCUCCUCUCAAAUAAAACUUCACGAAUGACACAAAGAUAAA